GAACUUUGCAAAAUCCUUCCAGCUACUAAGGUCAAAGGUCAGAUAGUUUCAUUUUGCAGCUAUUGGAACAUGAUGUUUGGAACUGUGCAGGUGGGUUUUACGGUACUGGGUUCUACCUGUACCGUAGAUGUUACUUCUACUCUGCGCAGGUCCAGAGCAGGCUUUUAUUGUGACAGGUCACACCAGAAGAGGCUCUUGGUGGCUGGCGCUGGUGAGCGUUGUGAACGGAAGUUGCCGCAGAUCAGAAGUUCUAAAGUUGGUCAAUCCGGAGAGUUAUCGGGCUGGUUCUGAUGUGACCCGUCCGGCUCGGUUCGAUCGGAAACAUGUCAGAGGGAGACCCGCGGGGUUACUUCUUGUUCCAGCUGCCCUCCUCGGUCCACUGCGAGUUCUGCCGGGUCAUGGAUGGACUGCUGGACCUAGACUGGACCCGGUUCGCCUCGGAGGUCCUCAGAGACCAGACGGCGGUGCGCCUGGCCUACCGGAGGGAGCAGCGGACCGACUGGGUCAUGAACAACUGGGCCAACAGGAACGGCCGAGUCGGGGAGUUGGUCGAUCUUCUGCAGUCUCUGCAGCUUCUCAGACCGCGGGACAUCAUCCUGAGCUGGAUGCGGAACCUGAGUCGUCCUCCUCCCCUUCCUCCCGCUUUUCCUCCUCCUCCCUACGAACCGUCGGCCGCUCAGUUCACAGCUGAGUGUCCAGACAGGAAGCCGCUGCCUGGCCCGGCCCCGCCCCCUAUCAACCUGUUCUCUGAGAACCACCGGCCGCCCCCCAGGAUCCCUGCCGCUACUGAUGAUGUCAAGCCUCCAUCUCCAUCACCGUGCAGCGCCAUCACCGCCAUCAUCUGCUGGACAUACGAAGAGGUGCAUGCUGGGACGCGAGGCUUCUCCCCCAGCCUUCAGGUCGGGGAGGGCGGCUUCGGUGUUGUUUACCGAGCGACGCUCAGCAACAUGGACUGCGCCGUCAAGAGACUCCGACAGGACGGCCAGAUGGACUGGACUCUCCUCAGGAAAAGCUUCCAGACUGAAGUGGAGAACCUGUCGAAGUUCAGACAUCCCAACAUCGUAGACCUGCUGGGCUACAGUGAAGGAGAGGGAGGACUGAUGUGUCUGAUCUACAGCUACAUGCAGAACCGCUCCCUGGAGGACCAGCUGCAGAACGCGCUCGGUCUCUCAUGGCCUGACCGGGUCAGCAUCGUUGAAGGAGCGGCAGCAGCUCUUCAGUUCCUGCACCGCCCGCCGUUGCGUCAGGAGCCGCUGAUCCACGGAGACGUCAAGAGUUCUAACAUCCUGUUGGACCAGCAUCUGGUACCGAAGCUUUCGGACUUCGGUCUGGCCCGGUACGUACCGCAGAAUGCGGCCGGCAGCUCGACGCAGACAGCUUCCGUUGGCAAAACCACGACGGUAAGAGGAACGCUGGCCUAUCUGCCCGACGAGUACGUGAGGAGAGGAGAGCUGUGCACAGCGGUGGACGUCUACAGCUUUGGAGUGGUGCUGCUUGAGGUUCUGACGGGCCGCCGAGCUCUGGAGCAGGACGGGAGGACUAGAGACCGAUACCUGAGGGACCUUGUGGAGGAAGUUGAUGACGGUCCAAACAGUUCGACCCCAGAUGCCUGGAGGGGACACUUGGAUCAACGGCUCACUGCAGGCGGCGCCGUUGAGCCUGAAGGGUACCUGCAGGUGGCGGUGUUGGCCAGAAAGUGUCUGAACAGGCAGAGGAAGAAGAGACCGGCAAUGACUGAGGUCUUCUGCCACCUGAAGGACCUUUGCUGCGUUGUGAGGAAGAACUCCUCCUCUUCCUCACUGCCCUCGACCCCCCAGCAGCCCUACCAUUCCUUCCCCAAGCCCCCCCGCUCCCUGGACUCCUGUGUUAAUGCCGUCUCCCAGCAGCUGUCCAGACUGGGACCGUCAGAACAGACCUGCCCUCCCUCCCUGUACGACUCUUCCUCCUCCUCUUCCUCCUCCUCGUUUGGGGCUCUCGCCUCGCCUCACCCGCUGCAGUCCUCCUGUCUCGGUUCUAUCUCCCCCUCAUCUUCCCCCUGCCCCUCACUCGCUGGCCCAUGUGAAACUGACGAGAGCAGGGGAUUCUCUCAGUACGACUUCCAGUUCCGGUCCAACAGAACCAGCUGCAAGUCCCAGAGCCAGAAUCCAGCCAGGUCUGCAGAGUCCCAGCUGACCCAGCCCUCUGUUCCCACCGAGGACCUGUACAGCUUCCCAUCCCCUCCCAGCAGCGGCUCCGGACCCGCAGCGUCUGGGUUUUCCCCGGCACGAUCGUUGCAGUCCACCACAGCCGGACUCUCAGUUCUUGUGAAUCCCAGCAAACAGCGACUGUUGGAGAAGAAGAGUCAGUAUGAAGCGGGUCGGAUCAGAACCGCAGAACUGCUGUCCUUGGACGACCUCUACGGAGGGAGGAGCGCUGCAGAUCUCCGAGGACCGGAGGAGAGCGAUGAGCUGGAGUAUCUUCCCGCUGGUCGCUCCUGAUGGUUUCCUGAAGCCGGGAACGCUUCGUCAUUCCGACUCAUUAAUCCCAAACUGUCGUCUGCACCAGAGGCGGUCCAGGAACACCGAGGUUCUGGACCCAAAACACUCGUUUAGUCUGACAUUAGGAAUCUGUCCUGAUCCACUCACACAGAACCGGGGUUCUUCUGCAGAACGCUUUGAUCUGCUCAGCCAUAUUUAAUAAUGUUUGUGGAACUUUAUGAUUUUAUAAUGAUUAAUAAAAACCGACACAUUGAG